GUAGAAUACAAAAUGGCAGCCACCUGUGUCAACUUUUAUUUAGUACAGGAAAGUUAGACAUUUCGUGUAGCAGAGUCUUUCUAACAGAAAUGUCGAAAUUGAAAUGUGUUUGUAAUGUGUUCCAUAACUUAGAUGAUUACCGUAGGAGAUUCUGACGUUGGUACUAAGUCACCGUGAGAAUAAUAUUGCGGACGCCAACCGUACAGUGACAGUGCAUAGAAAUAGAGUUUGGAAAGACCGACUCACUGUAUUUGACUUUGUGGAAGUUGCUGUCAUUACUGACACUCAAGACUAAAACAGGCGACUGUGUUGAAAUUACAUAUCUACGUACUCUUACACGGUACUGGUAUAGUUAAUGCAACAUGUCAUUCUUCAGUGGUUUCAAAAAGAUAUUUAAUAUCGGUGGUAAUAAUGGUGACCAAAAGAAGAAGCGGGCAGAUUUAUUCAAACACAUCAAACAAGAGGAAGAUCCGGAGGAUUACUGGGAAAUUGUAGGGGAACUAGGAGAUGGGGCGUUUGGGAAAGUGUACAAGGCGAAACACAAGCAGCAGAAUAUAUUUGCAGCUGCCAAAAUUGUUGAUCUGCAUGGAGAAGAAGAAAUUGAGGAUUUCCUUGGCGAAAUCAAUAUUUUGGCGGAAUGUCAGCACGAUAACAUCGUGGGCCUCCAUGAGUCCUUCUACUUCAACAACCAACUCUGGAUUCUGCUGGAGUUCUGUGAGGGUGGUGCAGUUGACAAUAUUAUGAUUGAGCUUGAGAAAUCACUAACGGAAGCACAGAUUCGCUACAUUUGCCGGGAGAUGUGCGUCGCUCUCAAGUUCCUGCACCAGAUGAAAGUCAUCCACCGCGAUCUGAAAGCUGGCAAUGUCCUCUUGACCCUAGAUGGUCAAGUUAAACUAGCUGAUUUUGGAGUGUCUGCCAAAAAUGUGUCAACACUACAGAGGCGAGGUUCAUUUAUUGGAACACCAUACUGGAUGGCGCCAGAGGUGAUAAUAUGUGAAGCCAUGAGGGAAAACCUGUACGACUACAAGGCAGACAUCUGGAGUUUAGGAAUUACGCUCAUCGAAUUCGCGCAGUCGGAACCGCCGAAUCACGAGAUGAACCCAGUGCGCGUUCUGUUUAAGAUACAGAAGUCUGACCCACCAACUCUGAACUAUCCCAGCAAAUGGUCGCCCGAGUUCAUAGACUUCCUGCAGCGUUGCUUGGUGAAGGAGCCAAUGUUGAGAGCUUCAACAGAAGAGCUGUUGGAGCACCCGUUCCUCGCUAAGGUCACCAACAGCAAGCCUAUAAGGGAGCUCAUCGCUGAAGCGAAAGCAGAGAUCAUCGAGGAGGAGGAAGAUUUAGAUGAGCAGUCGGCACUAGAGGAAGCGAGAAAGCGUGGGUCGGUGAUGUCAUUUGACAACUUGACCGAGUCUGGCUCGAUAUCAAAUCUGAGCGAGUUGACAGAGGUGGACGAUGACAGUGACGUGUCAUCUGCGCCUCCCACGCCUGCACUGUCUGAGAGAGACGUACAGACACAGCUGCGUAUGGAGGCACAAAGGAAGCAGCAGGAGCAGCGUCGGACACCCGAGAAGGAAAAGGCGGUCGCCGAACCAGUGGCGGCUGCAGCUGCAGAUGAAAAUGUGUCAGUUGUUUCGGUUGAGGAGCCAGCUAUGGCAUCUACAGUGGAGAUCGCUGCAGCAGACGAGCAGACGAACGCCACGAGGCCAGACGAGGAGGAGGGCGACCGGCAAGAUUCCAGCGAACCACUCGCGCCUGCAUCGCAGCAAUCGGACCCGAGCCCAACGGCGCCACCUGCAGGCGAUGAGGUGCGGGACGUUCCCGCCUUUGCUGCAGACGAACUCGCGAUGGAAGUGCAGGGAGACGUUGCGCCGGUGACCCAGUUGGAGGAAGAGGCAGGCACAGAGACCAGCGAGACGCAAGCAGAGGCCAGUGAGAUGCAAGCAGAGGCCAGCGAGACACAGGCUGAGACCAGCGAGACGCAAGCAGAGACCAGCGAGAUGCAGGCUGAGACCAGCGAGACACGUACAGGUCUCAGUGAGACGCACACAGAGCAGGAGACUCCGUGGGGGGAUGAUGGGGAGCGGGUGGCGACGGAUGUGGCACCAGCAGGGGGCACCACAGAAACAGAGGCACAUGUCACGGCAGUGCCACCAGAGGGCGUGGCGGACGCGGCGUCGGAUGUGCCUGAGCGCGGCAUGGAGAAGUCAUCUGACCACCGGUCAGGAGUGACCGUGAUCGAAGUGCGGCCGGAAGACUUCUCGGCUGGCGGCGACGGACAGGUGGCGCCGGUGGCGACCGACGACAACGGCGGAGCACCGGGCAUAUCGACAACGGCUGCAACCAGUGAGCAGCUUCCCGGGGAGAAAGCGGAGAAGGCGGAGGAGGAGGAGGAGGAGAAGGAGGAGGAGAGGGAGGCUGACGCAAGGCGCGACGACCGGAGCAGCUCUCCGGAGAAUGUCUUCCCUGAGGAGGUCAUACUGGAGAGCGACGGCGCAGGGGAGCACGUCGUCGCGGCAGAGGCAGCAUCUGCCGCCACCGCAGGUGACGACCCUAAUGGAACGACUGUGAGCAUCACAGACGGAGCGGGCGGUGUAGGGUACACUAGUGGUGCGGCAAUGGCUUCGUCUUCACCAGGCAAACAAGCAGCACAGGAGGAAUCUGAGGAGGAAUUAUCCACAAAGACGGAGAACGAGGACGUGAGCCGGGCGAUCGACGAGGCCUUCAGCUUCCAGGACGACUUCGACGAUUCGACCCCCAGCGGCGAACAGGUCAAGCCAUCCGAGACUGCCGCCGCCGUGGCAGACGUCACGCUGAAGCCUGACGCCGAAGAUGGUGAGGUCACGGUCGACUACAACGACACUACGCUGGACGCGAGCGCCCACGCGCCGCCCGAGCCGGCCACUGGAGGGCGCCACCGCGAGACGCCGUCGCCAGAGAAGUCGCCACCGCGGGCGGCGGCAGAGGCGGCGCCCCCUGGCGAGCGACCAAGAGAGAAGUCGCCACCGCGGGCGGCGGCAGAGGACGGCGGCAAGAAGGCGGCCAUGCUGAAACAAGAGCUGGAUAAGAUCUCGGAGACGGCCAGCAUGAAGACGCAGGACAGCUCCGACAGUCUGGACUCAAAGCAGCAGGAAGAGGGUGGAGAUGGUAACAUAGUUGCAGAGCGAAGGAAGCAAAGUCGUUAUCGCACGCAGAAGCGAACACGAAAGUUCUUAGUCGAUGGUGUCAUGGUUACCACGACGACGCAGAGAAUUGUUGGAGCGAAUGACAAGAAUCAGCAGAAGGAGGACCAUGCGCUUAGGAAGAUGGAGCUGCGUGAGCUGAAGCUGCUGCAGAAGCAGGAGCAGAAGCAGUUUCAGGACCUCGCCUACAAGGCGCAGUUCAUGCGCGAGCAGCAGGAGAAGAAGAGCGAUAGCGACAUGCAGGGACUGGUGAAGAACUAUCAGAAUGAUCUCGAUGCUCUGGACAGGCAGCAGAAGCAGCAGGUUGAGCGGGCGGAGCAGGUGCAGGCAAUGGACCUGCGCAACACCUCACGGAAUAUCAAGUCCGAACAGGAGAAAGCUCUGAGGGCAUUCCGCGAAAGUCUGAAGCAGGAGAUGAAAUACUUGAAGACAGAGGUAGACAUGAUUCCAAAGGACAAGCGGAAAGAGGUGUUUAAGAAGAGGAAAGAAGCUAUGGAGAAUGAACAUGCUGAAAGAGAGAGGCGUUUCAUUGAGAAGCUGGCUGAAGAUCAUGACAGCACCCUCAAACGGCUCUCUGACCAACACAGGGAGAAAAUCGCACUGCUAGAGAAGCAAUUUCUGCAGCAAAAGCAGCAGCUGCUUAGAGCUCGCGAGGCCGCUAUCUGGGAGCUAGAAGAGCGACAGCUACAUGAGAAACACCAGCUGGCUAGGCGACAGCUGAAGGAUGUCUUCUUCCUCCAACGACACCAGAUGCUUAUUAGACACGAAAAGGAACUGGAGCAGGUGCGUAGACUGAACCAACAGAAGGAGGAGGAGGUGCUGAGGAGGCAUGUGGUCGAGAAGAAGACGCUCCCGAAGAGGCAGCGGCAGGAGAUGAAGGUCCGCUCGCUCAUGUUUAAGGAGAGUCUGCGCAUCAGCAACCAGGGCGCGAAUCCGGACAUCGACCGAGCAAAAAUCAAACACUUUGAGGAACUGGAGAAGAAGCGCUACAAGGGUGACCUCGUCAAACAGCAGCACAAGCAACGGCGCCAGCUGGAGGCGCUGCGGGCAAAUGCCGAGAUGGCGCUGAAGGAACUCGAGCAGCUGCAGAACGAGAAGCGCAAGAUGAUCACCGAGCACGAGACGACGAAGCUGCGGGAGCGCGACGCCAUCUACCAGCAGGAGCUCAACGACUGGCGCAUACAGCUGAAACCGAGGAAGCAGAACCUUGAAGAAGAAUUUGUGAAGCAGAAAGAGGAGCAGGAGAGAUUCUACGGGCAGCAGUUAGGAAAUGGAACGUCGCACACGAGUGAUGCGGCGUCCAAUGGAAACGGGAUGAACAACGGCGGACAGGCGGCGGCGGGCGAAGAAAACUCGUCUGCAGGAAUGCCGCCACCAUAUAUGGUGUACUAGCGCAGGUUCGAGGCUUCAUCGGAUCUAUUGUAACACCGAGCUGCUGCUGACGAUGAUCGAAUCAACUGCUGCUGCGCUCUGAUCUGUCAUUACUCCCAGUUACUGCUGCUGCUGCUGAUCGAAUGAAAUGUGGCCGCAUUUAGGGCUUGCGCCUAUGAUUUCCUUCGGUAGGCAUCCACGCGGACACGGCUUCUCGUUGUCACGUAACUCUAUAGGGAAUCGCUGCGAUGGUUAGUCGCCGGUAAACUACGUGCGUGAGUUCACACAGUGUUCUGCUAAUCCUUGUCGGUGGUCGGUAGCGCCGGUCACACUCUCAGCAUGUUGACGCUCGACGCUCCGCAUAUUAACCAGUUAUUAUAUAUCACGCAUUAAGUAUCGAUUAACGUUAUUGCGUACAAGAAUGGCGGUGGCGACGGCACGGUGCAGGCGGUGGUGUAAUGCACGAUGUAGCAGGCGGUUGCACGAGUGAUGGGAGUCGCACACUAGGUAACGUAUCAAUGAUGAACAGUUUGUAAAAAGAACAUUUUGUGAUGUGAUUUUUUUAGUUGAAUAUUUUUGGCAAAUCAAUUACGCAGAACGUACGCGCGAGCAUGGAAAGAUGUAUGCGGGUGUAUUUGAGGUGGAUAGCCUUAUGAUGGUUGGGAAGGGUAGAAUACCUGAUAGGUGGUAGUACGGCUGGAAACUGUGUGUGCUGGCAGCAGGAAUGGAGACUUCAUCUUGUAACGUAUAGUAAAAACGAAAUGUGUACUUUUACAGCUACCAUCUGGGGGAUUCUGUGUGCAGGGACUUUGUUUUCUAACUUGUAUUUUUUGAUUGGAGUAUGAAAUUUACGGGAUCUAUUUGUGAUGAUGACUCUACGUCGAGUUUCUACAACAGUGUGCAUGGAAUUUAAUUAUUAUUGAAAUCCAUUUAGUGAUCACAAUCUGAAGGUCUUGUCCAUUCAAAACCGAAUCAGAAGUUGUAGUUUCCGUUCUGUUGCAAAUCGGAAACUGGCAUCCUCACUAGAAUCCACAGUGACGUGAACGGGCAUUGCCAGAAAUGGGUCUGCCAAUCCUUGAGUUAACCACUUAAAGUUAGAUGGACAUAUGCCUGCCUUCAUAUUAGUAUAUGUUAAAGAUGGAUGCUCUCACGACUACGGGUGCCUAGUGAAUGUUCUGUAAAUGUGAUGUCUGCUUGAAAAUGCAAGCUACCACUCACUGUAGAGCGAGGAAUCCAAUCACACGCACUGGGCUUUCCAACGUGCCGCUGCCUAGAUUCUGUCGGUGCUAGUGCGUGUUGUGUGACCCUGUGCACAUGAAUUCACAUUGGCUUAUAACGGGCUGUGGUCCGAAAUAGGGCGUAAUAAAUUAUAAUGGUUGGGUUUUCCUAGGUUUCUGUAAAGGUCACUUGCUGCACGAUGAAACGAAAGAUGCUCUUCAUAAGUAAAGCUUGUUUACUUGUUCGCAGGCAAUGGCUCCGUUGUCUGUAUGUACGUGUUAUUGUCAGCUCGCCCAAGCAAUGGCACUCGUCUGCGUUUUAAUGCCACGUGCCAAACGACUGUGGCUAGUACGUCCGGUACUCUUGAUGCUCGAUGAUUUUGCUUGAUAAUUUAACCGAUUUUUGUGUGUGUGCAGCACUCACAUGAUAUAAGAGGGCCAAGUUGAUGGGGGACUGCAUCCUAGUAAGCAAUAGCCGAUCUAAUUAUAAAAUGGUUAGCGGAAAUGUUGCGUAAAUACAAGGGUGAAUGUGAGCGCUUUGUGCUUUACAGUAUGAUUUCGUAUGCGACUAAUCUGCAAUGUACCGAGCAUUUGAUUAAUAAGUCUGUAAAUAUGUGUAGCAAUGCCGGCGUCACUCAGUGUUAGUCACGCAGUGUAAUCCACUAUAUGCACUCUCGGCAGUUCCACCAUCGUUGCACCAAAAUUCGUCUGAAAUCCAAACAAAGUUGGCGCACUGCUCGUACAGUUAUUGCAAAAAUUGCCUACUCGAACAUUUUAUUGUAGAGCAAAGUCUAGGAAGAUACAGACAUAGUUUCGACGUAAUAAAACAAGCAGGCGAGCACAAACGGUGUCUUAGAA